AUGCCGGACACCAUAUAUCACGCAACUCACCCUCCACACCCCCUCCACCUUCUCUCCACAGCAGAUAAGAGUAUGAUACUAGUUUUAAUCAAUUGUGAUGCCUGUGGAGGCUUCAUGGGUGAUGUUAACUGCUAUGAAUGCUGCAUCUGUGAUUUCAUCGUGCACGUUGGAUGCGCGGCGCUGCCUACGUCAACCACCAGCCGUAGAUGGGACAAGCACCACCCGCUGCUUCUAACGCACGACGCCACUCUGAACCAUCCCGGUGAAUUCUACUGCGAUCAAUGUGAAGGUAGAAUGAAUCCCAAGAGUUGGAUGUAUCACUGCCGCAACUGCGAUAUAUCCAUCCAUCCCAAAUGCUUUAAAACAACAUCCGGCUGGUAUAAAAACAUCAAGAUGGGGCAGGAAUAUCAUGUGAAUGCAGAAACCCAUCCACACCCUCUCACCUUUCAACUUCUCACCACUAAACGCCGCUGCGACGCUUGCGGUAAUGAUAGGCAUGAGGAUAUUGGAUUUUACUGUGCAUCAUGCAUCUUCUUCAUUUGUUUCUACCCCUGCGGUAAAAAAAUGAUCAGAGAUGGCAACAUUGAGGCCGUGGAUUGA